GCCGAUCGUUUUGUCCUUGGACUAUUAGGCAUCUCUCAGUCUAUCCAUCGGCUUCUGUUUUUCCUUCUGAUCGGAGAAGAAAGGCAACCAAAUCCCAGCCGUACGUCGUCGUUUUCAGGGUUUCGAAUUCCUGGUCCGCCGAAUUUGUGGUUUUCUGAUUCUUUCCCCCGGGGCUCCUCACGCGUACGUUAUCCUGAACGCGGAGCUGUCGAUUGAUUUCAUGGUCUGAUCCUCAGCGAAUCGCAAUCCGACGGUGGCGAUGGCUUCGGCUCAUAAUCAAUCGGCGAAUGUGGAUCUCUUCGAUGCGUAUUUCCGACGAGCCGAUUUGGACCGCGAUGGCCGGAUUAGUGGCAAUGAAGCCGUCGCUUUCUUCCAGGGCUCCGGUCUCCCCAAACAGGUUCUUGCGCAGAUAUGGGCACAUGCAGACCAGAGGCAGACUGGUUUCCUUGGUCGUGCAGAGUUUUACAAUGCCCUUAGACUUGUCACUGUGGCACAAAGUAACGAGCUUACGCCAGAAAUGGUGAAGGCAGCAUUAUAUGGCCCGGCUGCAGCUAAAAUACCUGCACCCAAGAUAAAUCUCGCAGCAACUCCUGCCCCUCAGUUCAAUUCUGCUCCUGCAGUACCUUCGACUCAGGGUGGUGCUGUCACUCCCAUGCCCUCGCAAAAUCUUGGGUUCAGGGAACCGCAAGUACCACCUCAGUAUAAUUCUGCUGCAGCAGCACCUGCCACUCAGGGUGGUUCUGUCACUCCGAUGUCCUCCCAAAAUCUUGGGUUCAGGGGACCACAAGUACAAUCUCAGUUCAAUUCUGCUCCAACAGCACCUUCUACUCAGGGUGGUGUUGUUACUCCAACAUCCUCCCAAAAUCUUGGUUUCAGGGGAUUACCUCCAAGUGUGAAUGUGAACCAGAACAAUUUCAUUCCCCAAGAUUCUAAGUCAAUUAGGCCUCCAGUGCCUCCAUCUAGUUCUGAUACCCAACCCUCACAGGGUGUUGCUGCACAAGGCUUUCCCAGGGGAGGUUCAGUGGUUGGGCUUCAUCCACAAAACUCAAGCAUGUCAAACGAUUGGGUUGGUGGAGCAACGACAGGGGUACCCUCGCAAGUUGUAAACAAAGGGGUCACUCCCUCUGCAACACAAGAUGUAUUUGGUCUGGCAACUUCAGGACCAACAACUUCCCUACCACCUAGACCACAUGCAGGUUUUGGAAUUAGACCAUCAGGACCACCGGCCAAGGAUUCCAAACCAUUAAAUAUAUCUGGGAAUGGCUUUGCGCCCGACUCAUCUUUUGGAGAUGAUGUGUUUUCUGCAACCCCAUCUCAACCAAAGCAAAAUUUUCCUCCUGGCAGCGUACCCGUCUCAUCAGGCAUUGUGCCAAUAUCUGCUGGGACCCAGUCUUCAGCUAUCCCAAGUACACAGUUUGGUGGCGAGCCUCAGCAGGCCCAGUCAUUUGCAAAACCAAACCAACAGGUCUCAGCUCAGACUAGCCCUUCUGGAGUUUCACUUGGAGCUGGGAACUCUGCUUCUAGUCAGUCCCAUCUGACAUGGCCUAGGAUGACUCAAACUGAUGUUCAAAAGUACACCAAUAUCUUUGUGAAAGUUGACACAGACAGAGAUGGGAAAAUCACUGGUGAACAGGCCCGUGACCUAUUUCUGAAAUGGGGACUACCAAGAGAUGUUUUAAAGCAGGUGUGGGAUUUAUCCGAUCAGGAUAAUGAUAGCAUGCUUUCUGUCAGGGAGUUUUGUGUUGCACUAUAUUUGAUGGAGCGGUUUAGAGAGGGACGCCCUCUUCCAGCAGUGCUACCAAGCAAUGUUAUGCUUGAUUUAUCCAACAUUUCUCAACCUGCAAAUAAUUACUCCAAUGCUGGCAAUGUAGCCUGGAGACCAGCAUCUGGCUUUCAACAACAGCAACCGAUGCCUGGUCCUCGUGCUCGGCACAUGGCACCCCCGGCUGGAGGAAGGCCACCAAAGCCAGUUGCUCCUUCCCAUGCUGAGGAAAGGCAUCAGGCCAAUCAGCAGAAACCCAGAGUACCAGAAUUGGAGAAACAUCUUGUAAAUCAACUGAGUACAGAGGAGAUUAACUCACUGAACUCAAAGUUCAAAGAAGCAACCGAAGCUGAUAAAAAGGUAGAAGAAUUGGAGAAAGAAAUUUUGGAUGCUAGAGAAAAAAUUGAAUAUUUCCGAGUCAAAAUGCAGGAACUAGUCUUGUACAAGAGCAGAUGUGACAAUCGCCUUAAUGAGAUCACAGAAAGGGCAUCUGCUGAUAGACGUGAGGCUGAGUCCCUGGCUAAGAAAUAUGAAGAGAAAUACAAACAAGCUGGAGAUGUAGCUUCCAAGUUGACUAUUGAAGAAGCCACGUUUCGUGAUUUACAGGAGAAGAAAAUGGAGCUAUACAGAGCAAUUGUCAAGAUGGAGCAAGAAGGUGAUGCUGAUGGCACCCUUCGGGAUCGUGUUGAUCGCAUCCAAUUGGAUCUUGAUGGGCUUGUGAAAACUCUCAAUGAGCGCUGCAAGAAGUAUGGAUUACGCGGAAAGCCUACAACAUUAACUGAGCUUCCCUUUGGCUGGCAACCUGGCAUCCAAGGAGGAGCUGCUGACUGGGAUGAGGAUUGGGAUAAAUUUGAAGAUGAAGGAUUCACUUUUGUCAAGGAGCUCACCCUUGAUGUGUCAAAUGUCUUGGCGCCUCCAAAACAGAAAUCAUCAUCAGUUCAGAAGGAAAAAGCUCCUCCAGUUGAGAGUCCAACUGCUUCUUCACCUAAAGUUGAUGUCAAGUCAGAAAAGCCUGAGAGUGCGGAUGACAAGGUUGUUGAAAAUGGAGCAGCAUAUGAUAAAAAUGAAGAGGAGUCCGCAAAAAGUGCUCCGAACAGUCCAUUUGCCAGCAGCCCAUCUAGAGAAUUUUCAGAUUCUAACUAUGGAAGGACAGCAGGCACAGAUGCCUCACCCCGUGAUAAGGAAUCUCAAAGUGAUGAUCAUGGGGGUGCUGGGUCUGUGUUUUCCGGUGACAAGGGUUUUGAUGAACCAGCAUGGGGGACAUUUGACACUAAUGAUGACGUUGACUCAGUGUGGGGUUUCAAUGCAGUUAGUACCACCAAGGAUAUGGAUCAGGAGAGUAAUAAGGAUCACUACUUUUCUGGCCCUGGGGAGUUCGGCCUCAACCCUAUCAGGACCGGGUCAUCACAAGGAGGUAGCUUUUCCCAGAAGAGCCGCCCUUUUGCUUUCGAUGAUUCUGUUCCUAGCACGCCAAUGUCUGCCUUCAAUUCAGGAUAUUCACCACCAAGGUACAAGGAUAAUUCAGAACCUUCAUUCGACACCUUCUCCAGGUUUGAUUCGUUUAGAAGCACCCAAGAUACUGGAUACUUCCCUCAACCAGAAACACUUGGAAGAUUUGAUUCUAUGCGCAGCAGUAGAGAUUUUGAUCAGGGACAUGGAUUUCCAACAUUUGAUGACAUUCCAGACCCUUUUGGCUCUUCAGCGCCAUUUAGGUCAUCACUGGACAGUCAAACUCCAAGAAGAGACUCGGACCCCUUCGGAUAUUCUGGGUCAUUUCGGACGUCACUGGACAGUCAAACUCCAAGAAGAGAAUCAGAUUUUUUCGGGUCUUCAGCAGCGCCAUUUAGGACAUCAUUCGACAGUCAAACUCCAAGAGGAGACUCGGACGCAUUUGGUUCUUCUCCAUUUAGGACAUCAUUCGACAGUCAAACUCCGAGACGAGACUCAGACCCAUUUGGGUCUUCAGGGCCUCUCCGGACGUCAAUGGAGACUCCGAGAAAAGACUCUGAUCAUUGGAGUGCGUUUUAGCCGGUUAGUUGUGCGUCAUUUUGUGUCUGCUAUUCAAUCGCCAUUCAAAGCCUUUCUAUCGUGGCGUGGUGGGACGGGCCUUGUGUUUUAUGCUUUGAAAUCACUGAGCCUGUAAUGUAUCUUUUGUAUUUCAUCCCUUUUUGUGUAUGCAGGUUGCCAUUUCUUCAUUAUUUUUUCCUUUAGCUUGUUGCACAACAUAUAUUACCUCCUUAAUUUUGGAAUUUUCCUAGUCCUAUUGAAGCGAAGACCCCCAUAGUUUUGUCGUUUGUUACAAAUUGAUGAUUGUAUUAUUAAACUUGAGGACAUAUUUUGUUGUAAUUUCCAUUUCCAUGUCAAAUAAAUUUUGUGUUUGCUGA